CUCUCUCUCUCUGCCCCUCUCCCCCUCUCUCCCUCAGUCAGACAGACCCAGGCUAGGCAGAGGCAGCGCGUCCGCCCGGAGAGACACACACACACACACACACACACACACCGCAUAGCUUCACUGCCGACUGAAUCACAUUCUCUUUCCAAAUGGAUGUCUCCUCUGAACGCGCCUUUUGACGCUGGACGUUGCUCUCGUAGCCGCGUUCAACCUAAGAAACACCUCAACCCUGGGCUUAGUAUUUUGGGUUUUUUUUUUUUUUUACUCGUUUGUCUCGACGACAUAGAGAGGACCACAGUCCCCCCCCCCCUCUUCUCCCCACACUCCCUCCCUCCCUCCUCCCAUCGUUAGCUCGCUAAGCUAGCUAGCCCGCUCGCUAACUUAGCUGUGAUACUUUGUACCGUGUCGGCGUCAGUUUUCUGCCUCGUAGCUAGCCUGCGGUCUCUUGCGCCACAGCAGUGGGUCGAGCUGCCUCGCCACUCAAGGAGCAUGUUUGAGUGACGAGCAAAGGAGGAAGUGGGAUCUCUGACGCUCCGCCUCCUCUGCUGGUGGAGCACCCUGCACAUCUCACCAGAGACCCCUUUGGUCACUCUGACAGGAUGAGGAGGUUCGCCUACUGUAAGGUGGUUUUGGCCACCUCCCUGGUGUGGGUGAUGCUGGACAUGUUCAUUCUGCUCUACUUCAGCGAGUGCAACAAGUGUGACGACAAAAAGGAGAGAGGAUUGCCCGGGAGAGACGAUGCCUUGGUUAGGCCGCGGGACGGGCCCGGUGAAGGGGGAAAGCCUGUGGUGAUCCCUAAGGAGAACCAGGAGAAGAUGAAGGAGAUGUUUAAGAUCAACCAGUUCAACCUCAUGGCCUCUGAGAUGAUUGCCCUCAAUCGGUCGCUGCCUGACGUCCGCCUGGAAGGGUGCAAGAACAAGUUAUACCCAGAUAAUCUUCCUCGUACCAGCGUGGUGAUUGUAUUUCAUAAUGAGGCGUGGAGCACACUGCUGCGAACCGUCCACUCCGUCAUUGACCGCUCUCCACACACAUUGCUGGAGGAGAUUGUCCUGGUGGACGAUGCAAGCGAGCGAGAUUUCCUUAAGCGGCCCUUGGAGCAGUAUGUCAGAAGGCUGGAAGUCCCUGUCAGAGUGGUGAGGAUGGAGCAGCGGUCUGGACUUAUUCGUGCUCGCCUCAAGGGAGCAUCCCUCUCCACUGGACAGGUCAUAACCUUUCUGGAUGCUCAUUGUGAAUGCACAACGGGGUGGCUAGAGCCUCUGCUCGCCCGCAUCAAACAAGACAAGAGAACAGUGGUGUGCCCCAUCAUCGACGUGAUCAGCGAUGACACCUUCGAGUACAUGGCGGGAUCUGACAUGACGUACGGGGGCUUCAACUGGAAGCUCAACUUUCGCUGGUACCCUGUUCCCCAGAGAGAGAUGGACCGCCGCAAAGGAGACCGCACGCUGCCUGUCAGGACUCCCACCAUGGCAGGCGGCUUGUUCUCCAUAGACAGAGAUUAUUUCCAGGAGAUCGGCACGUAUGACGCAGGCAUGGACAUCUGGGGUGGAGAGAACCUGGAAAUCUCUUUCAGAAUUUGGCAGUGCGGUGGGACGCUAGAGAUUGUCACAUGCUCUCACGUCGGUCACGUCUUCAGAAAGGCAACGCCCUACACGUUUCCCGGAGGAACGGGACAGAUCAUCAACAAAAACAACCGGCGCCUGGCAGAAGUCUGGAUGGAUGAAUUUAAAAACUUCUUCUAUAUUAUCUCUCCUGGUGUGACUAAAGUGGACUACGGUGACAUCACGUCUCGUUCAGCUCUGAGACAAAAGCUUCAAUGUAAACCGUUCAGUUGGUACUUGGAGAACGUCUACCCUGACUCCCAGAUCCCGAGGCACUACUACUCCCUAGGAGAGAUCCGUAACGUGGAGACCAACCAGUGCCUGGACAACAUGGCCCGCAAGGAGAAUGAAAAAGUCGGCAUUUUCAACUGUCAUGGCAUGGGAGGCAACCAGGUUUUCUCCUACACGGCCAAUAAGGAGAUCAGGACAGACGACCUGUGUCUAGACGUGUCCAAACUAAACGGGCCCGUCAUGAUGCUCAAGUGCCAUCACCUCAAAGGCAACCAGCUCUGGGAGUACGACCCUGUGAAGCUGACCCUGAUCCACGUCAACAGCAACCAGUGCCUGGACAAGGCCAGCGAGGAGGACAGCCAGGUUCCCAGCGUCAGAGACUGCACACACACACGCUCCCAACAGUGGCUACUCCGCAACGUCACACUACCAGAGGUCUUCUGACCACGCUCCACACUCCUCACAAACACACACACUCACACACACAGCGGCCCAGAGUAAGCAAUCAGGGGAACAGACGGUGUUUAUUAAAAUUGGGCACCAGGAAAGGAAAGACUUCCCAUGAGGGGAUUUGGGAAGAGAGGAGGACGGAUUGGACGGUACUACCUCUGCCAGAAAUCAGAGGGAGGAGUGUGUUUGACCCUCCUCAGAGCGAGACGCGACAAAAGACUCCCUCUAGGAGACGAUGGCUGUUUGUUUUUACGUUCAUUUUGUUGUUUUAAAGAGAUUUUAACCACAGAGAGUGACUCGCUUCUGGGCGUGGAUAUGAGACUGGUGGAGUCGAGGUUCUGCAGUCACAGCUUCCCUGGACAUAGCAGUCCACCCCUUAACUCAUCACUUAACGUUUACUGACUGCCUCUUAUGAGAGAGUGUGUGCACUCGUGUGUGUGUGUGUGUGUGUGUGUGUGUGUGUGUGUGUGUGUGUGUGUGUGUGUGUGUGUGUGUGUGUGUGUGUGUGUGUGUGUGUGUGUGUGUGUGUGUGAGAGAGAGAGAGAGAGAGAGAAUGGGUGUGUAUAUUCUGAGAUGAAUGUAAGCUUUGAGAAGAGGGCUGAAUUCCUUGUUGAUUUCUUUCUCUUUUUUUAUUUAAUUUUGUAAUGGAUUUUGAAAAUGAACUCUGGUGAACUCCUAUGAAGAAGGGUGCAUGUGUAAGUGAGCCUGCGUGUGUGUGAGACUGUCAUGUGUGCGUGUCUCAGAGCCCCUCCUACAGUCUUGCAGCAGUGUAUGUCUCCCUCUGGUGUUACUCCUCAGCAUUUCAUCCUUCAGACUGGAGCUUCCUUGCUGAGGAAUUUCCAAGGGACUGCGUAUAAAAAAAAAAACAAGAGGACCGAACACGAGGACUUGACGUCUGCCCUCGGCAGAGAUCUAGAGAUAGAGAAAUAUGAUGUUUGUGAUAUCUUGAGAUUUCUAUGUCCAGUUUUUACAUGGUUUUGUCUGUUUCUACAGUCCUGUGAGAGUGCCACAGAGCAGUAACCCUAGUCUGUCUGUCCGUCUCUGUUGUCUUUAAAGAUGUUUAACAUAGAGCUAACACACACACACACACACAUACACACAGAGGACUCUGCAUAUGUAACUGAUGCUCACUGCCUAAUCUAACGUAGUGUUAAACCAUAAGGGAACUCUCCCAUAAGGCACUACAUAGUGUCACACACACACACACACACACACACACACAAACGUGCAUCAUGUAUACAUAUAGGAAAAAGGCUGCACUAGCCUGAUAUUUUAAUCCAUUUUGUCAUAUCUUCUUCUCAAUGACCUCUUAAAAAAAUACACUCCAAGGGCUUCUUUCCUGCAGUGGAGUGUGUGUGGACGGAUGCGUUGGUGCGAGCACGUGUCUUCAGUACUAAUCCUAGUCCAUCAGCUCCCUGUUUACUAGAACAAACAGCUCUCAGAUUCCUUCGCUGUUGGACAGCCCGUAGCGUAGACAGACAGAAGAUCAGCGUAUCCCUGCGUCUGUACAAAAGAGGAAAAAAGCUGCUUUUAUUUUCUAAACAGGCGAGUCUCUGCUCUCUCCUGAGGACGAAUCUACAGUAGGAAAGGAAGCCUGGAAAGCCGGUUGUUAGAAUAUCAAAGAGACGUCGCUGAGGUGUUUUAGGAGACUUAAUCAGGGACAGAAUAAUAAUUGUAGAGAGCUGAAGGGAGUGUAGAGUUGAACUGUGGAUUAGAAAGAGAGCAGCAGCAGCAGACAUAUCUUAAUCCGUAACUACAUAUCUCACUUUGCAAGCUCACCUGCCGUAUUUCACUAUUCAUAUCACAGUGAGCCAGACAGCUGAACAGUUACAUGAGUGUCAUUCUCAUUUCAGCCAUCAUGCUUUCUUUAUUCUUUUUUUUUUUUUUUUUUUUUUUUUUAAUCACUCCUGGGCUGCGAGUCAGAGCAGGAGAGGUGAUUUUCAUUAAGGUUUUAACCAUUUCAGCUUCCUCCAGUGGAGGAGGGGUUUACACAUACAGUAGGACACCGGUUCAUCUUUGUUGUGGACGUGGUCGCGAGAGAGGAGGCCGUCGACUGAUUUAAUGUCUGAGAGAGUGACUGUGUGGUGAAGAUGUGAACGUUUUCUUUUUUUGAUUGUGAGACAGAGGGAGGGUAAUGAUUGUUCUGAUUUUUGCGGGGUGGGGGUUCGAAGUAAAUUGACAUGUCCAGGCUUCCACACUGAGCUGAUCCAAAUGUAGAAAAUAAAGGCGAAAAAGGUUUACAGAACAAUACGAGGAAAAUGUUGAUUUCUGCUUCUUUUUGUCUGAACACACUUUCACAUUCGUUCUUGACAACAACAGUUUUUUUUUCUUGUAAACAAACAAAAGUUAGGUUUACAUUCAGUGUUUCUCACCAAACGGCCCUCUGUGUGUAUCCUCGAGGUCUGACAAAUGUCUCGUGCGUUUCCUUCCAUGUGAAUCAUUUGUUUAAAUAUUUCAAAUCAUGCACUGUUUACAUCCAUGUUUUCUAGCUUGCGGUUUUUAGUCUGCCUCUGUUGGCACAUUGCUACAUUACUUUGUGCAGUUUCUCAGUGGAAACCCGCGGUGUUGGUGCAAUAUUCAAACAACACAGGGACCCACAUGUAAAAACUAGAAUUCAGUUAACAGAGAGAGCAAGAGUUGGGCAACCACGUGGUCAUGGUGUGUCUAAAAUGUGACCGCUGCCGCAUGAAGCACCCAUGGGUGUUAAAAGAUCAUAAUCUCUCUUAUCUCUCCACAGAGAAAAGCACAUUGCUUUAGAAGAGGUGAGUCUGGGCAGAAGCAAGAUAAGUCUUGUGGGGAAAUGGGACUCUUCUGUCUAUUUAAUAAACAUGACAGUGCAGUGAAGGUAAUAGAGUCGGGCAGCAGACUCACUGCAUGUUUCGUGGAGGGUGGAUUAUUUCAAACUCCUUGACGUGAUGUGUUGAAUUAUUCAUUUGUCAGGAUUAGACCCUCCGAGAGCCAUCAGGAAGACAAGACAGCGGCGUUUUGCAUACACACCUUUAAUAUAAGAUGCAUUUGUUUUCUCAAAUCAUCUGUGUAGUAAAAGAGAUGCUGCUAUAGGUUCCUCAUUCUAGUUGACAUUUUAUCUCCAAUUUAAGAUGCAUUGGUCUCAAUGUACUCUGUGGUCAGACAGGCAGGAGAACCCAGAUGUCAAAAAGUCAAUCAGUUCCUCUGAUUCGUCCUGCUCCACAUGAAGAUGAAUCUGCCCUGUAGAUCCAAGAAGAGUCGUCUUCAAGGAGACACCUGACUCGCUGAAGUGAGUGAUUCUGCCGUUAAGGAGAUUUAGAGCUGCGAGAGUUCAGGAAGACUCUGCUCUGGUUUAUGUGCUGCAGACUUCAGAAGAACUAUGUGGAGCCUUUGAUCUGAAGAAAUGGAUCAAAGCCGAAUCAGACUGCGGCCCGGAGGGAAGCUCCACGAAAAGACAGAAUAUUGAAGCGUGUUCAGAGGAACAGAGUGAAUUUAUAAACUUGGAAUUGUGUCCAUCUAAUUUGGUUGUUUUUUAUUUUGUUUUAUUGAUCCUUGUUUGUGAAAAUGAGCCUUGAUUUUAUUAUUAAGCUGCUUAAAUUAAAUCUCUUUAAUUUAGACUCA